UUAAUCGGCCUGGAUUCGAGGCUAAGCGAAGGCUACGCCCCGGCCGGCCACGAGCUUUAAUCUUUAAAAAAAAACAAGUAGAUCAGAUCAGAGUCAAUGAGUACGAGUUGAGUUCACAAGGCACUUUAGAAUGUCUGGUGGUGGAGGAUUUACUCUUGUAGACUUCAGCAUUCCAGCUCGAGACCUUCCCCUCUCUCACCCCCAUGCUCAAGCACCUCUCUGCUUAAAGUGCCAGAAAUUGGAUCUGUGCUUUUUCAAUCCUUCAUGCGAUGGCUGCCAAGAUCUCUUAUUAGACCAGAGCACCAGUAUUGCAGAGCUGUUUGCAGUGAUGAGGCAAUGGGUUCCACAGACACAGCGAAACAUGUCAUCACUCACCAGAGAAAUUCUUCGCCGAGGGGCCAACAUUAAUGACAGAGACGGACUCACUGACCUCACGUUAUUACACUAUGCCAGCAAGUCUGGGGCAGCUGGAGUCGGAAAUGAACUCUCCGCUGCAAAUCUAGUGAAGUCUCUCAUCUCAAAGGGAGCUGAGAGUGAAAUGAGAUGCAGGUGGACUGAUAUGAACGCUCUCCAUUACGCGACCUAUUUUGACUGCCCCGAGGUGAUAGAAUCACUGGCUGAUCACAACCCUUCUCUUGUGAUGAGUAUCUGCUCUGAAUUUAAUGGUGGCAACGGACUGCACAUUGCAGCCAGCAACUUUGCUCUAAGUGCAACCAAAGUACUGAUACGAUACGGAGCUGAUGGUUCACUCAAAGACAGAGACGGGAAACAGCCUUUUGAAUGCAUUCCUGAAAAUUGCAGUGAAGAUCAAAAGGAUGUUUGUGAAGAAAUGACUGAUCUUCUAAAGUAUGCUGCUGACAAUCCACCUAAGUCAAUGCGCACACCGUCCCAGCUCUCCACACCGAAACACACCCCCAGACAAACCUCCAAACACUCCCCUGCCCCGCCCCCUCGCACACCCACCCCUAACAGAAUGCACGAAACUACUGCCCCCGCUCCUCCAAGAAGUCCCAUUGCCAGGGCAACAGGUGUACCUAAGUCCCCCGCCCCCAGUCAACAGUCCACCAUCUCCACCACCUCCACACGGCUCACAGGUACCACAGAGGACAGCUCUGGCUCAUCUCGUAACCAGUCCCCCAUGCCAGAGGAGCUUAGUCUGGAGAAGCUGGGACUCCGAGUGGGUGACAGGGUUGUCAUCGAUGCCUCAAGCUCCAGACCUAAGUAUGGCACAGUGAGGUAUGGAGGGCGUACAGAGUUCCAGAAAGGGCAGUGGGCGGGGGUGGAACUAGACGCGGACAUUGGCAAGAAUGACGGCUCCUAUGCUGGAAUUAAAUAUUUCACAUGCAAAGAAAAAUAUGGCAUAUUUGUACCGAUGCAUCGUGUGAGUAAGGCCUUGUCUCAACCACCUGAGAAGAAGAGAAAGAAGAAGUCUGAGCUGAAGGCAAGGGACUCCCUCUACACUACCAACAAGGCCAUCGAGGCUCAGGCACAGAUACAAAUGAAUUCAGAACUACAGGUGGGUGAGAAGGUGAUUGUAGGGGGCACGAGGAUAGGAGUCAUACGUUUCAAAGGAACAGUCAGCUUUGCUCCUGGGUUCUGGCUAGGUGUGGAAUUGGACACUCGAGAUGGUAAGAAUGAUGGCAGUGUAAAUGGAGUGAGGUACUUCACCAGCAGACUGGGCCACGGCCUUUUUGUGCUCUCCUCAAAAGUCAAGAGAUACACCUCUUCUUUUCAAACGAAGCUUGAUCCUACCCUUAUCAAGUCCAACCCCUCGUCAACCAACCCUACUCCCAGUAGCAGUAGCAAUGAGUCCACAGACUACUCCUCUUCAGGGGCGGCUAGUCAAGGCUUCUCAACAAGUACAAACGGCACCAGUGGGUUGAGUGAUGCUUCUGCUUCUUCACACGCUGCCUCUCCCUCAGCAAGACGAAGAGGGACUUCCUCCAAUAGGUCCACCCCUCGAUCAAAGGGUCGUCUCACAACUGCCGGUAGCGGGUCCUCUUCACCUGCCCCCCUUUUGUUUUCAAUGUCCUCUGACCUUAUACUGGAGGAUGGGAUGAGUGUUUUUGCUAAUAAGGAGAUGGGCAUUAUCAGGUUUAUUGGAGAGACAGAGUUUGCCCCAGGCAGCAUCUGGCUCGGAGUGGAACUACGAAAGCCAAAUGGGAAGAACGAUGGCUCAGUACAAGGAACGCGUUACUUCAGCUGCAAGCCCAACCAUGGACUGUUUGUAAAGCCGGAGAAAGCAACUCAUAGAGGCAUAAACUGUGCUAAGAUAACUCCUAUAAAACUCACUAAAGUUAUGUGUACCUAAACUAGUCUACAUGCAACAUCUCAGUCUUUUUCUAGCGCUCUUUACCUCACUUUUUGUCAGCAUUUUUGAUUGUUCUAUUAUUAUAAUAUAACAGUCAUCAUG